UUUACGUGUAUAUUCUAAAAUUCUUUCUAUAUGUAACAUAAGAAUCAUAGGGCCCACCACCCACCUACAAAAAUUAAAUAUAUAGUUUCAAAUUUGUGUUUGCUUAUGAGUAAAUAAGUUUGUUAGGCAAUUUAAACAUCAUGUGAUAUUGUCAAAAUUCUGUUUGUUUGCGACUAAAUAAGCUUGUUAGGCUGAUGUCUUAUUCAAUAAAUUAUGAGGAAUUUGUUUAUUUUCAUUAGCCACUCAUAUUUUAUACCAUUGUUUCUUUUAGAAAGAAAAAAAAAUCUCAUGUUAAAUAGAUUUGACAAACAGUAGAAUUUCAUUUACCGCCUAAUUCGGUAGCUUUUUACCACAAUAUUCAUAAAAUCUAACAAUUAAAUAUCAUCUUCUAAAAUAUUUUCGACAUAUUUACAAGAAAUAAAAAGGAAAUUUGUAUCAAAAUGAGUUACGAUGAGCCAUGAGGAUAAGUUGAAAUAUGUCAAAUCCCAAAUAACAACCUAACCUUUACUUCCCGUUUUGUUUUCAUCUUUUAACAUUUUCUGAUUUCCUCUUUAACUUUUCUCUCCUAAAAACAACAUAAUUACCAUUUUCUCCCUUUCUUUAUUUGCUUUGAUUGAACAUGAUUUUGAACAGAAAAAAAAACAUAUAAACGUGAUCGCCUUUUAUUUGUUCGAAAUUUUCAUUGGGUUUCAACAGUUACUUAAAUAUACGUAUAUAAUACUUCAUAGAAAAACCAUGACAUCCUAGUUCUUAAUAAAAGAACUAAAAAGGCAAAAACUUAAGAGUAAAUUACAUUUUUGAUCCCAAAAAAUAUUUCCUUGCAAAUUUGAUCCUUAUAUGUGGUUUUUGUAAUAUUUCAGUCCUUGUUCCAAGUAAAUGACUAAGUUUGGUAUCCAGGUACAAUUGAUUUUGGCAAAUAUAGUGAUUUUACUUGGAAUAAAUACUAAAACCUCAAAUAAGGAACAAAACUGCAAAAUAAAAAAAGACAGAAAAGAAAUUUUUUGGGACGAAAAAUGUAACUUGCUCAAAAGUGUAUGAAAGGUGACAAAAUUUGCAAACUAGUUACAACUGAUUUUGGAGAAGGAAAGUUUUUAAUUUAUGAUCUUGUAUUAAAAAGUACGACCCUACAAAGGCCAACUGGUUUGGACGAUAGCAACCUCAUGAUUUUGCAUAUUUUGACAAAAACAAAUGGGCAGAAAACAGCAAAAUCUCCAACUGUGGUUAUGUCUCCCUCUCUCCAUCUCACUUCUUAUCGAACUUAACCCCACACAAACACACACUAAUAGAUCUCCUGAAUUCUUAAUUACUCAUCUUCUCCGGAUCUUUUCUCUACAUUUCUGCCAUCCAUGGACCAACACCACCCCCAGCUCACGUUAGCCAAGAGCUCUCGUCACAGCUAUAACGAGUGGAUAUUUCGCGAUGUCCCGAGUGAUAUAACUAUAGAAGUGAACGGUAUCGCGUUCGCAUUACAUAAGUUUCCUCUCGUUUCCCGUAGCGGGCAAAUCCGGAAAGCAGUUUCGGAAAACCGAGACUCGGUCAUAUCACGAAUCGCGCUUCAAAACCUACCCGGAGGCACCGAAACAUUCGAGCUCGCUGCUAAAUUUUGUUAUGGGAUCAAUUUCGAGAUAACACCAUCGAACGUCGCACAGCUGAUUUGUGUUUCUGAAUACCUUGAAAUGACUGAGGAUUACUCGAACAACAACCUUGGAUCGCGUGCCGACGAGUAUUUAAACCAUGUUGUCUGCCAGAAUCUCGAAAUGUCGGUUUUAGUUCUUCAACAAUGUGAAAACUUACUUCCGAAAGCCGAUGAGCUCAAAAUCGUUACGCGAUGCAUCGACGCGAUCGCAUCGAAAGCGUGUGUGGAGCAAAUCGCAUCUAGUUUUUCGAGGUUGGAGUAUAGUAGUUCGGGAAGACUACAUAUGAGUCGACAAAAGUGUGAAUUGGACUGGUGGAUUAAAGAUUUAUCUGUUCUUCGAAUUGAUUUGUACCAAAGAGUUAUGACAGCGAUGAAAUGCCGUGGGGUGAGACCCGAAAGUAUUGGUGAAUCGCUUAUGAACUAUGCACAAAAAGAGUUGACUAAAAAGCCGAAUGGUGGAAUGAGUGAUCACGAACGACUUGUAGUCGAGACGAUUGUCGGUUUGCUUCCAGUUGAGAAACUUGCGGUCCCAUUAAGUUUUCUUUUCGGGUUGCUUCGAAGUGCGGUGAUGCUUGAUUGUACAGUUGCUAGUCGGCUUGAUCUCGAGAGACGAAUUGGGUCACUGUUGGAUAUAGCGACACUUGAUGAUCUUUUGAUACCAAGUUUUCGGCAUGCUGGUGAUACGUUGUUUGAUGUGGAUACGGUUCAUAGGAUUUUGGUUAAUUUUGCGCAACAAGACGAGAGUGAUGAUGAUGACGAUGAUGAUGAUCAAGAUGGUUCGGGUUUUGGAUCUGAUGGUCUUGAUUCGCCAUCUGAAACGGCUUUGUUUAAGGUUUCGAAGUUGGUUGAUAAUUAUCUUGCAGAAAUAGCGCCGGAUGCAAAUCUUAAACUUUCUAGGUUUAUAGCCGUUGCAGAGUGUUUACCCGCGCAUGCUCGGACCGUCCAUGAUGGACUUUAUCGAUCCAUUGAUGUUUACCUUAAGGCUCAUCAGGGUUUAUCAGAAGCUGAGAAAAAGAAGCUCUGCAAAUUAAUCGAUUUCCAGAAACUGUCACCAGAAGCGGGUGCACAUGCUGCACAAAACGAUCGCCUGCCACUUCAAUCAAUCGUCCAAGUUCUAUACAUCGAGCAAUUAAGACUUAGAAACGCCUUAUACUGCUCUGACCUAGGUGGUGGUGACCACCAGAAGCCACCGCCAGUGCACCACCAGUCAUGGCGGAUCAACAGUGGUGCUCUCAGUGCUGCUAUGUCUCCAAAGGAUAACUAUGCAUCACUCAGGCGAGAAAACCGGGAGCUUAAACUUGAAUUGACUCGGUUAAGAAUGAGAUUGAAUGAUUUGGAAAAAGAGCAUGUUUGUAUGAAGAGGAAUAUGGAAAAGUCUAACUCACGUAAAUUUAUGAGUUCGUUUUCCAAGAAAAUCAGUAAAUUUAAUCUUUUUGGACAUAGUUCUUCAAGGGGAUCCAGAUCAACAUCUCCAUCCAGGAAUUCACAAAGAACUGAUUCUAAGAAAUAGGUGUCCUUCCUGCCAUUGAUUUUGAUGGUGAGAUCUGUUGGGAAGCUUGAUUAUGAUCACUAGUGUUUGGAUUUGGAGACUCAUUUGGAUGUGAAGAGAGUUGACUUCUUCUAUGUUUGACCAAUUUAUAUACGGUUUUGUUUGGGACAAUGUAAAACACUUGACCAGGAACCAUAAUGGAUUCAGGGCGAACAACUAUAUAAGGAUUCUUAAAGAAAUCAGGGCGAGUGAUACUGUGUCUAGGAUUCUUCCUCAUGAUUUCAGCAGCUGUGAUUGAGCUUCUGUGAUACUCAACAUGUCUACCUGGAUGCACUAGUUUAAGCACACCUUUCUCUUUUGUUGAACCUCCCAUAUGGUGUGUAAAGACUAAAGAAUACAGUGGAAGGCUAUUGGAGGUUUUGUGUUUUCAUUCUUAUAGUCUUUUGUUCUUGGAUUUAUUGGCUAUUUACAAAAGAUUUGGCGGAGAGUUCAAGGGAAGGAUCUAUGGAGGAAAUGAUUCUUUUUGGUGUAUUGAUUUAAUUGGAUAAGACGUAUUUUGAAAUUUGAAUCUUGAUAGAUUUUUAUUCUAUUGAAGUUUGUUUUGGUUA